AUAAAAGAUCUAGGUAAAAUACUAACAUCAAUAACACACAGCUGGUUGGUCUUCUUCCCCGACCGUGAGGGCACCAUACUCGACGAAAAUAUUAGUAUUAAAAAAAAAAAUGCUCUUACAAAAAAGUUGGGGUCUACAAAAAGUUUGGAAUUUAUUUUUUUUCAUAGAAUAAAGGGAAAAAGUUGAUGCAAAGUUCAAAACGGUCCUUUAUUUUUUAGGCUUUUUUAUUAGCUCUCCGCAGCUUUCUCUUCACUCUUCCUGGCUCUGAGUCCUGCCUGGCCUCAGUUCUGUUUUCUACUGAGAGGACUCGAGAAUAUAAAUUAACUUUUGCCCACCCACCAUCAACCUGUAUCCCACCGACUUCCAUUGAUAAAAAUAAAAUCAUAAAACCCCUCAUUUCUCUUUGUUUUUUAAGAUACAAAAGUGCAAUCCCCUUAUUGGAAAGAGGGAAAAAAGAAGAAAAAAUCAUGGGUCUUUACAUGACUCUGUUUCUGCUAUCUACUCUUCUUGUUUGUGCUUCGGUUUCGAUUUCCGGUGAGUCCGAUGAACAAAUUAAUACCAAUGCCGUGAUUCUGCCGGUUGUUUUGGUUGUUCUUUGACCUUUUCUCCGAUUGAUUUCACUUUUUUUUUUCUUUUUGCAGGUGAAGGGCUAUCACCAAAGGUGGGAGUGUGCUAUGGCCAACUAGGGAACAAUCUGCCUAAUCCAUCAAAAUCCGUCCAGCUAAUCCAAGGCCUCAGAGCCAAAAGAGUCAAAAUCUACGAUGCAACACCAAAGAUUCUCAAGGCCCUCAAGGGAACCGAACUGCAAGUGUCGAUAAUGGUGCCGGACGAAAUCAUACCGGACAUUGCCGGUAGCCAGUCCGCCGCCGACCAAUGGGUCAAGAAAAAUGCCGUCCCUUACUACCCAGACACCAAGAUUCGUUACCUCCUCGUCGGAAACGAAAUGCUUAGCUUCGGAAACACGACGACUUGGUCCCAAGUGGUGCCGGCCAUGCGUAAAAUCAGAGCGGCUUGCAAGAAAUUCGGCCUACAAAAAAUCAAGGUGGGGACCCCACUGGCUAUGGACGUCCUGGAAUCUUCCUUCCCGCCGUCAAACGGGACGUUCCGGUCAGACGUAUCGGAAUCAGUGAUGAAGCCAAUGUUGCGAUUUCUGGAUCGUACCAAAUCGUUCUUCUUCGUCGACGUGUACCCGUAUUUUGCGUGGUCAUCCCAACCUUCCGGCAUCAAUCUUGACUAUGCUCUGUCAGAUUCCAAAAAUCUCACCUACACCGACCCGGUUUCCGGUUUGACUUACACAAACUUGUUGGACCAGAUGUUGGACGCCAUUGUAUUCGCCAUGAAGAAACUCGGGUACCCAAAUAUCCGUUUGUUCGUGGCGGAAACGGGUUGGCCCAGCGGCGGUGACGUCACCCAAAUCGGAUGCAAUACUUACAACGCCGCCACUUACAACCGUAAUGCAGUUAAGAAGUUCUCGGCGAAUCCACCGUUGGGAACUCCGGCACGGCCUGGAGUGGUGAUUCCUGCUUUCCUUUUUGCCCUGUACAAUGAGAACCAGAAGCCGGGUCCGGGAACGGAGCGGCAUUUCGGGCUGCUGUACCCGAACGGGUCGGAUGUGUACGGGAUAGAUUUAUCCGGAAAGACACCCGAUUCGGCGUAUAAGCCAUUGCCGGAACCAACAAACAAUGAGCUUUACAAAGGGAAAGUAUGGUGCGUGGUGUCGGAAUUAGCCAAGGAUAAAGAUGUGGCUGCUGCCCUGAGUUAUGCUUGUGGGCAGGGGAAUGGGACUUGCGACCCGAUUCAACCCGGUGGAAAAUGCUACAAACCGAAUUCACUGGCCGCCCAUGCGGGCUAUGCUUUCAGCUCUUACUGGGCUCAGUUCAAGAACGUCGGUGGCACCUGCUCUUUCAACGGCGCCGCUGUUCCGACGGCCAAAGAUCCAAGUCAUGGGGAUUGCAAGUAUCCCAGCGUUUUUCUUUGAAGGAUGAAGCGGAUUUGAACGUGGAAAAUAACAUUUCUGGGCAAAUAAAUUCAACUUAAAUUCCUAUUGUUAGGUUUUGAGAUUAUUGAUAGGUGUCUAUCUACGUUAGGCAAUUAGGAUUAUUUAAAAAAAAAAGAAAGAAAAAUUGAAAGACUGGUUGAUUAAAUUUGGUGCCCAUUUUUAACAUUUUUUUGUUCGUCAAUUUGUGGGCAACAUUUUGGUUACUAAUGUAGUAUCAGUAUUUUCCAGCAUUUUAUCCCUUAUUAUUAAAAACCUUUAUCCACAGCAGUUUGGCGC